CAACGCACGACACGAAUUCCAUCAUUCUAACAUGUAUCAGCUCAUCGCACUCCUUCUUUGCUUGGUUAUCGCCAUCACAGCACUUCCUGUUAGCAAGCAUGAGCAACACAGCCCCAAAAACGAGAACCAGUACGCAACCGAGGAAAGCAGAAAAUCGCUGUGGGAAACCGACCAUCACAAUCAGCUGGAUGAAUUAAGCUCAGAGCCCAAAUCUGAUGAUAACCUUCGCAUUCUUGAUAACCGAACCGAAGAACACGAGGAAAUUGAGCUGGUUCGAAUAGAGAAAAUUAAUAGUUCUGAUAAUAUCAAUAUCCGUCGAGGAUUCGCCUGUUUGUUCGUGUUUGUCACAGCUCUACCAACGAAAGAUCAGAACCACGAUGCAAAACCCACAGAACGCAUCCCAAAGUACCACUUCGAGUACGGAGUAAAGGAUGCUAACACCGGUGAUCACAAGGUCCAUUGGGAGAAACGAAAUGGUAAUCAUGUCGAGGGGUCGUACACGGUGGAGGAAGCGGAUGGCGGUCGUCGCAUCGUGAACUAUCAGACCGAUGAGAAGGGUGCGAUGCAAAUUCAGGUCACCAAGGUCGCUGGUCAUGCUGUGGUCCCGAAGCCCAAGCCGCUUCAAGAACAAGUUGCGGGUAGGGAUUACGGAAAACCAGAGUAUCCCAAAUUGUAUGAAUAUUAUUAUUAG